AUGACAGGUGGAGAAGAAUUUAAUGCUGCUGCAAACAUAAUGAUACCAGUAGAAAAUCCUGAAAGUUCUCAAAAUAUAGCCGACAUCCAAAAUGACGAGAAGAUGGCUCACAUGGCGCAAGAGCUUGAGAUUUUGAGAGAGGAACCACGUCAAGUGCGAGACUUGGCCAAGCUUUCGGCUACUACCUUCCCAAGUUUCAAGAUGCCCAGCUACCUCCCUAGAGCUGACCUGCCUCCUACAGAUUCUCCAAACAUGCCUAAACGUGCUCCCGUUCAUGGUCAAGCACCAUUAGCUCAUCCGUCUGCAAUCAGGACUGCUCCUGACCUUCCCACUCAAGACCCCGUCACACCUACCUACCCAGUGACAAACCAGAUAUUUGGAGCACACACCGUCGCUCCUUAUGAUUCACAGAUCCCACCUGUAUAUGCUGUUGAGGCCCCUACUUUCAUGACACCGGUUAGGGUCAAGGUCUCGCAUGAGGUGGACCAAUAUGCAGAGAUGGAGAAGGAUGCCCGAUUGAAAGAAGAUGAGUCAAUAGACGCUCAACUUCGAGGUCUAAGAAAGGCGUUGAAAAACCUACAAGUCUCUAGGGGAACAGAGAGCCUAGAUUAUGAUGACUUAUGUAUCCACCCAGAUAUUGACAUGCCGGUAGGAUACAAGCCCCCAAAGUUUGACAUAUUUGAUGGAAAGAGCGAUCCUCACGCACAUCUGAGGGCAUACUGUGACAAGUUAGUCGGUGUAGGGAGAAAUGAGAAACUAAGAAUGAAGUUGUUCAUUCGAAGUCUAUCUGGAGAAGCGUUGACCUGGUAUACACGCCAGGAUCCUCGCAAAUGGUAUAACUGGCAGGAAAUGGCUGAGGAUUUCAUGAAUCGUUUCAGAUUUAAUACUGAAAUCACUGCGGACAGGUUCUCAUUAGCCAACAUACAAAAGAAACCAUCGGAGGACUUCCAGGAGUAUGCACGACGUUGGAGAACCGAGGCUGCAAGGGUUCAACCACCGCUCGAUGAGAGUGAGCUCUCAAAAUACUUUAUUCGAGCACAAGAAGGUAUCUACUUUGACAAGAUGAUGUCAAUGAUGGGCCAAAAGUUUGCAGAAUUGGUCAAGAUGGGAGAUUUUAUAGAGGAAGGCAUCAAAUCAGGUAAAAUUCAGUCCAUGGCUGCAUUGCAAGCUGCAAGUAAGGCCAUACAAUCAGGAUCCAUUGGUGGCAUCAAGAAGAAAAGGGAGGAUGUUUCAGUCGUCAAUUACCAACAUAGAGGACAAUCCCACCAAUACCCAAACAAUCCCCAAAUUGUUGCACAUACUCCAUACACCUCGUAUCCAGUGUAUAAUACCCGACCACACUAUAAUCCACCUCGAGCACCAACAUACCAAAGUCCAACAAGAACACAUGUCCCACUCCAAGCACCAACCCACCAAAACAGACCAGCAUAUGUGCCAAGACCACGUCCAAAUCUCGAAGCCAGAAAUACUCGCACCUAUACACCCAUUGCUGAACCUUAUGCUCAAUUGUUUGAAAGGUUAAGGAUAGCAGGAGUACUACAGCCAGUUGAGGGAAAACUCCCCGACCCAAUCCCUUACAAUUUUGAUGGAAACAAGCGAUGCGCUUACCACUCGGGAAUCCAAGGGCAUGACACAGAAGAUUGUUAUGGCUUGAAAAACCAGGUUGAGACGUUGAUCAGAAGAGGAAUAAUAAAAUGCACUCCAACACCUCCGAAUGUGAACAACAACCCUUUGCCAAAUCAUGAGAAUUGA